GAGAAGAUGGCGGAAGCGGAAUUUAAGGACCACAGUACAGCUAUGGAUAGUGAACCAAACCCUGGAACAUCUUCUGUGUCUACAACAACCAGUAGCCCUACCACUACCACCAUCACCACUUCCUCCUCUCGAAUGCAGCAACCACAGAUCUCAGUCUACAGUGGCUCAGACCGACAUGCUGUACAGGUAAUUCAACAGGCAUUGCAUCGCCCCUCCAGCUCAGCUGCUCAGUACCUUCAGCAAAUGUAUGCAGCUCAACAGCAGCACUUAAUGCUGCACACUGCAGCUCUUCAGCAGCAGCACUUAAGCAGCUCCCAACUUCAGAGCCUUGCUGCCGUUCAGGCAAGUUUGUCCAGUGGAAGACCAUCUACAUCCCCCACAGGAAGUGUCACACAACAGUCAAGUAUGUCCCAGACAUCUAUCAACCUCUCCACUUCUCCUACACCUGCACAGUUAAUAAGCCGUUCCCAGGCUUCCAGUUCUACCAGCGGCAGUAUUACCCAACAGACUAUGUUACUAGGGAGUACCUCCCCUACCCUAACUGCAAGCCAAGCUCAAAUGUAUCUCCGAGCUCAAAUGCUGAUUUUCACACCCGCUACCACUGUGGCUGCUGUACAGUCUGACAUUCCUGUUGUCUCGUCGUCAUCGUCAUCUUCCUGUCAGUCUGCAGCUACUCAGGUUCAGAAUUUAACAUUACGCAGCCAGAAGUUGGGUGUGUUAUCUAGCUCACAGAACGGUCCACCAAAAAGCACUGGUCAAACUCAGUCAUUGACAAUUUGUCAUAACAAAACAACAGUAACCAGUUCUAAAAUCAGCCAACGAGAUCCUUCUCCAGAAAGUAUUAGAAAAGGAGAAAGUCCAAGUCUGGAAUCACGAAGCACAGCUGUCACCCGGACAUCAAGUAUUCACCAGUUAAUAGCACCAGCUUCAUAUCCUCCAAUUCAGCCUCAUCCUCUAAUAAAGCAUCAACAGAUUCCUCUUCAUUCACCACCUCCCAAGGUUUCCCAUCAUCAGCUGAUAUUACAACAGCAGCAGCAGCAGAUGCAGCCAAUUACACUCCAAAAUCCAACUCAAGAUCCACCCCCAUCCCAGCACUGUAUACCACUCCAAAACCAUGGCCUUCCUCCAGUUCCCAGUAAUGCCCAGUCACAGCAUUGUUCACCAAUUCAGAGUCAUCCCCCUCCUUUAACAAUGUCUCCUAGCCAGUCACAGUCAGCACAGCAGUCAGUAGUGGUGUCUCCUCCACCACCUCAUUCACCAAGUCAGUCUCCUACCAUAAUUAUUCAUCCACAAGCACUUAUUCAGCCACACCCUCUUAUGUCAUCAGCUCUCCAGCCAGGGACAAACUUGCAACAGUCCACUGCUAAUCAGGUGCAGCCAACAGCACAGCUGAAUCUUCCAUCCCAUCUUCCACUUUCAGCUUCCCCUGUUGUACACAUUGGCCCCGUUCAGCAGUCCGCCUUGGUGUCCCCAGGUCAGCAGAUUGUGUCUCCAGCAUCACACCAGCAAUAUUCAGCCCUGCAGUCCUCUCCAAUCCCAAUUGCAACCCCUCCGCAGAUGUCAACAUCUCCUCCAGCUCAGAUUCCACCACUACCCUUACAGUCUAUGCAAUCUUUACAAGUGCAGCCUGAAAUUCUAUCCCAGGGCCAGGUUUUAGUACAGAAUGCUUUGGUGUCAGAAGAGGAGCUUCCAGCUGCAGAAGCUUUGGUCCAGUUGCCAUUUCAGACUCUUCCUCCUCCACAGACUGUUGCGGUAAACCUACAAGUACAACCACCAGCACCUGUUGAUCCACCAGUGGUUUACCAAGUGGAAGAUAUGUGUGAAGAAGAAAUGCCAGAAGAGUCAGAUGAAUGUGUCCGCAUGGACAGAACCCCACCACCACCCACGUUGUCUCCAGCAGCUAUAACUGUGGGGAGAGGGGAAGAUUUGACUUCUGACCAUCCUUUGUUAGAGGAAGUGGAAUUACCUGCUGUGGCAUCAGUCAGCGCUUCAGUAAUUAAAUCUCCUUCAGAUCCUUCACAUGUUUCUGUUCCUCCUCCUCCACUCUUACUUCCAGCUGCUACCACAAGGAAUAAUAUUACCUCUAUGCCCAAUAGCAUCCCCAAUAUAGAAAACAAACCUCCACAGGCCAUUGUUAAACCACAGAUCUUGACUCAUGUUAUUGAAGGCUUUGUAAUUCAAGAGGGAUUGGAGCCAUUUCCUGUGAGUCGUUCAUCUUUGCUAAUAGAACAGCCUGUGAAAAAAAGACCUCUCUUGGAUAAUCAGGUGAUAAAUUCUGUGUGUGUUCAGCCAGAGCUACAGAAUAAUACAAAGCAUGCAGAUAAUUCAUCUGACACAGAGUUGGAAGACAUGAUUGCUGAAGAGACAUUAGAAGAAAUGGACAGCGAGUUGCUGAAGUGUGAAUUCUGUGGGAAGAUGGGAUAUGCUAAUGAAUUUCUGCGGUCAAAACGAUUCUGCACUAUGUCAUGUGCCAAAAGGUACAAUGUUAGCUGUUCUAAAAAAUUUGCACUUAGUCGUUGGAAUCGUAAGCCUGAUAAUCAAAGUCUUGGGCAUCGUGGCCGUCGUCCAAGUGGCCCUGAUGGGGCAGCAAGAGAACAUAUCCUUAGGCAGCUUCCAAUUACUUAUCCAUCUGCAGAAGAAGACUUGGCUUCUCAUGAAGAUCCUGUGCCAUCUGCUAUGACAACACGUCUGCGCAGGCAGAGCGAGCGGGAAAGAGAGCGUGAGCUGCGAGAAGUGAGAAUUAGGAAAAUGCCUGAGAACAGUGACUUGCUACCAGUUGCACAAACAGAGCCCUCUAUAUGGACGGUUGAUGAUGUCUGGGCCUUCAUUCAUUCUUUGCCUGGCUGCCAGGAUAUCGCAGAUGAGUUCAGAGCACAGGAGAUUGAUGGACAGGCCCUUCUCUUGCUAAAAGAAGACCAUCUUAUGAGUGCAAUGAAUAUCAAGCUUGGCCCUGCCCUAAAGAUCUGUGCACGCAUCAACUCUCUGAAGGAAUCUUAACAAGAUCAUGAGGCUUUGAGAUAACAGCAGUUUUACUCUUCUUAAACAAACUUGUAAGGUAAAGGCUCAGGUUGGCCUAGAAUAUUACCUUUUAUUGUGGUGGAUAGCCAAGAACAUUGGGAUCUCCACAUGAAAAGCUGACAUUUCUUUUACAGAUUUAAUCAUCAUACAUUUUCAUAAUUAGCCAACAUUGGUGAAAUUAAUUUUACAGGUUACAUUCAACAUUGAAAGACUUGUUAUAGAGGGCCAUGAUAU